AUGGAGCAUGAAGAUGAAGAUUGGUUGUGUUAUACUAUGGAAGAGAAUGAUUGUAGCAGACAAAGGAUGAGUAGGAAGAGGAACUACGAUGAUAACACAAAAGAGUUCAAAUCAAAAAACCUUGAGAUGAAUAGAGGAACAAUUAUUGUAGAUGCUAUCACCUACAUUGAGAAGUUUCAAGAUGAAGUUCAGAGUCUCAGCCAACAACUUCACCAAAUGGAAGCAACUUCAGAGGAAACAACUGAGACAAAAAUAGAUGAAAUUGAAGCUGUGGAAGAUAUGAAGAAUUGGGGGAUACAGGAAGAGGUCACUGUGGCACAAAUAGAUGAAAAUAAGUUCUGGGUCAAGAUCAUCAUUGAGAAAAAGAGAGGAAGUUUCAGCAAGCUGAUGGAGACACUCAAUUACUUCGGCAUUGAGCUCAUGGACACUAACCUGACUACCACAAAAGGAGCAUUUCUGAUUACAAGCUGCAUACAGGGAAAAAAUGGAGAAAGACUUGAAAUUAAUCAAAUCAAGGAUUUGUUGCAAGAUAUUAUCAAUGACAUGUAG